UUACAGAAAUUUAUUGAAUAAAAUUUUUAUUGAUUUUUUUGAAGAAAAUUGAGAAUCUAAAAAAUUAAUAGCGUUUUUAAUUGAUGGUUAAAUCUAUAAAGUGUGUUGGUAAAAGAAAAGUAAGCCGGCUUUUAAAACAAAUUGGAAAAAUAAGUAAAGAAGAUAUAAAAUGGAUCCUGAAUUAAAUCCAACAACAGCUGGCAACUCACUGAUGUAUCAAGCCAUCGAAGAAGACAAAUUGGAAGAUCUUAAAUUGUUAUUAGAAAAUGGAAUUAAUGUAAAUGAACCGAUAAUAACAACUGGAGAAUUUGCUGGAUUCACAGCAUUGCAUGUUGCAUGCAUGAAAAAUAAAGAUCACUUGGUGGAGUUACUAGUUAAUGAUUAUAAAGCAGAUGUCAAUUCAAUGGCUGCUGAUGGGACUCAACCGAUUCAUUUGGCUUGUUUUUAUGAACCAAUAUCAGAAGCCGAUCCUUGGGAACCAGGACCAGUAGUAGGCAGUAAAAUAAAAUCAUUGGUAAAAGCUAAUGCAAAUGUUGAUGCCGAAUUUGGAGAAGAAAUUUUUUCAAAGCACGUCAAAGACAGAGAAUGGUGUCCUGAUUUCGUAAAGAAGACAUAAAAUGGAUCCAAAAUUAAAUCCAACAACAGCUGGCCACUCACUGAUGUAUCAAGCCAUCGAAGAUGACAAAUUGGAAAAUAUUAAAUUGUUAUUAGAAAAUGGAAUGGAUGUAAAUGAACCAAUAAUAACAACUGGAGAAUUUGCUGGAUUCACUGCAUUGCAUGUUGCAUGCAUGAAAAAUAAAGAUCACUUGGUGGAGUUACUAGUUAAGGAUUAUAAAGCAGAUGUCAAUGCAAUGGCUGCUGAUGGGACUCAACCCAUUCAUUUGGCUUGUUUUUAUGAACCACUGAACGAAUUGGAUAACUAUAUUUACCUAGUAAAACUAGGCAGUAAAAUAGGAACAUUGGUGAAAGCUAAUGCAAAUGUUGAUGCCGAAUUUGGACAAGAAAUUUUUUCAAAGCACGUCAAAGACAGAGAAUGGUGUCCUGAUUUUGGUGAAAAAAUGCCACUAGUUGCUUAUACUGUUAUUUAUGAUAAACCAUCAAUAAAUUAUCAUUUCAAAAAAGUCAACUUAGACAUUAUAAGUCUUACCAAUAAAACAUUGCUGAUGUACGCUGUUGAAAAGACUUAUUAUGGAUAUAUUUCAAUCAUUAUGUCAAAUGCUGAAGAUCCUGAAUUGAUAGAUAAGUUGAUAAACCAUCGCGAUAAUGAUGAUGUACCACUAUCUCAUUAUCCAUUCCAUCCUAAAAAAUAUCCAACAUUUCAAUAUUGUAAAAUUGGGGCGUUUGGUUUGUUUGAUGCGUCAUUAUUUACCUCUAACUUAUCAAAAUGGGGGGCUGACAUGAAUGCACUGAUAAACAAUGAUCCAGCAACAUUUCUUCCCAAUCUCUCAGCUUAUAGAAGCUGUCCAUUACUACUGGAGUAUUCUUUGCCUUAUUAUACUUCAAUGUCCUUAUCUAGGGUUUUGUACUACGCCACGCAUCCUGAAGAGAAAGAUCCUGAGCAUUUAUUUCGUAACUGUUCAGAAAGUGAGCUAAUUGAUUAUUCACUGCUAAUUGAAAAAAAUCAAGAAGAUUGUAUAGCUAUUGCUUUAAAAGAUCUGGUCUUUAGGGGUGUAUUCAGAUUACCUGUUCCAGAACAAGAAAUAAAAUUGAUGAACGAAUUAAUUGCCAGCCACGAAAAUCUAAGGAAGAUUGUAGAUGACUACAGAAUGAAUUUCAUCGAAAAAGAAUUACAGAAGCGUUUUAUUGAAUUUGGUGAUAAUAAAAUGACAAUGUAUGAUUUUUUCAUGCAAGUUUUUGACUGUAGAAAAUUAAAAGUUUUGGCACGAGAUGAAAAUUUACUGGAUGCCCUGGAUAAAUUUUUUAACUUGGAUUUCUAUAACAAUUGCUUAUUUCAGACCUAUGAUGAUCCAAUUAAAAUCAGGAUAGGCGAUGCUAAGAGAAGAUUAAGACUUCUCGAAAAUUUGAAGAAAAUUUCAUCACUUAGAGAAGCUAUACCGUUACCGUUUGAACUGGUAUUAGAUAUUGUUGAGUAUUUAAACAAUAAACACUUGAACGUAUUUAUAACCGCAUUUUAUAGUUCAUAAUUUUAUAUUGAAACCAGUUUUAGUUUCAAA